AUGCAAGUCAGGGAAGCAAGGCUGCAUGAGUCACCAUCAUCGCCAAGGGAAGAGGCCUUUGAAAAUUAUCCUUCUGAGCAGCUGCAAGAUUCACCAUCAUCUUUGAAGGAAGAGGUCUACGAGACUUAUCCUCUUGAACAGCUGCAAGCAUCAACAUCAUCUUCAAGGGAAAGGGCUGUUAAUGCUUAUCCUUCCGAGCAGCUGCAAGACUCACCAUUAUAUUUGAGGGAAGAGGUCUAUGAGACAUAUCCUCCCGAGCUGCAUGAAGCACCAUUAUCCCCAUGGAAAGAGACUUUUGACACUUAUCCUCCCGAGCAGCUGCAAGAUUCGCGAUCACCUUUGAGGGAAGAGGUCUACGACUCUUAUCCUCUUGAACAGCUGCAAGCAUCAACAUCAUCGUCCAGGGAAAGGGCUGUUGAUACUUAUCCUCCCGAGCAGCUGCAAGACUCACCAUCAUCUUUGAGGGAAGAGGUCUAUGAGACAUAUCCUCCCGAGCUGCAUGAGGCACCAUUAUCUCCAUGGGAAGAGAUUUUUGACACUUAUACUCCCAAGCAGCUGCAAGAUUCGCGAUCACCUAUGAGGGAAGAGGUCUACGAGACUUAUCCUCUUGAACAGCUGCAAGCAUCAACAUCAUCUCCAAGGGAAAGGGCCUUUGAUGCUUAUCCUCCCGAGCAGCUGCAAGAGUUUCCAUCACCUUUGAAGGAAAAGGUCUAUGAAACAUAUCCUCUAGAGCAGCUGCAUGAGUCACCAUUAUCUUUGCAAAGAGAGGCCUUUGAGAAUUAUCCUUCUGUAUACCUACAUGUAUCGACAUUGUCUCCGAAGAAAGAGGUCUUUGAGACUUAUUCUCUUGAACAGCUGCAAGCAUCAACAUCAUUUUCAAGAGAAAGGGCUCUUGAUGCUUAUACUCCAGAGCAGCUGCAAGAUUCACCAUCAUCUUCGAGGGAAGAGUUCUAUGAGACAUAUCCUCCCGAGCAGCAUGAAGCACCAUUAUCUCCAUGGCAAGAGACUUUUGACACUUAUCCUCCCAAGCAGCUGCAAGAUUCGCGAUCACCUUUGAGGGAAGAGGUAUACGAGACUUAUUCUUUAGAACAGCUGUAUGCCUCAACAUCAUCUUCAAGGGAAGGGGCCUUUGAUGUUUAUCCUCCCGAGCAGCUGCAAGUGUUUCCAUUCCCUUUGAAGGAAGAGGUCUAUGAAACAUAUCCUCCAGAGCAGCUGCAUGAGUCACCAUCAUCUCUGCAGGAAGAGCCCUUUGAGAACGGGAGUCCGGUGGUGGAGCUCCCUGGCGCUGCCAUCGCCGGGCGAGCCAGCCCGCGGGCCAGCGGGGGAGCGGGGGUGAGUACUGAUCGUGGGUGCCGGGACUCUGAGACUGUGGACACUUCCCGGACACUGGUGAGCGCCGCGGCAGGCUGGUGGUGCGACGAGCGGAGCUCGAGCCAGGGUCGUCGAGCAGGGCACGCACAACCGUCCACGUGCACCGGACAGCAGUUCCGUGAGGCAGCUGAACAUCCUGCCCCGUGUCGUGUCAGCUCUGGCAGUGUGAUCAACAUCGAAGGAACAUCCGUGCUCGACAUCGCGGCCGGCGUGUUCUCCUAG